AUGGUGAAGGAAGAGGAGAUCAUGGCCGAGGCAGGAGGAGGGCGCGGUUACGUGGACCUGCUUGGUCUCGGAGAAGACGACUACCUGCUGUCCCUGUCCCCUUCCUCCUACUUCACUUCCAGUAUCGCCUCCGCCACCACCACCAGCGCCACCACUUCCACCACUGCUGCCGCGUCGUUGCCUACGACCUGCACCUCCUACCUGGACCUGGCUCCCGCCUACCACCACAUGCUGAGCUUCGCUGGCCAAGAACAGUACCAGGGCGACGGCGUCCUCGGCUUCCAGUGCUACGGAGGCGAUCACGCGAUUCCGGCGGCUGUCCCGCAGAAGUCCAGCCCGACCACCGAGUGCUCCUCCUCCAUCUCCUCCAUGUCGUCCUCGCCGCCUGCGACAGCCAUCUCCGCCGUCUCCUGCUCAAAGCCACAGGCUUUCAAGAAGAAGGGAUCAAGGAGCAGUGAGCAAAGAAAGGCUGCUUCUGCCGCUGCCGCUCCUGGCGCUGCUGCUGGUGGUGCUACGAACAAGAGGCCGAGGGUGAGGAGGGAGAGGCUCGGGGAGAGGAUCAUAGCUCUGCAGCAGCUGGUUUCUCCGUUCGGAAAGUCUGAUACGGCCUCCGUUCUGCACGAGGCGCUGGGAUACAUACGCUUCCUUCACGACCAGGUUCAGGUCCUGAGCUCGCAGUACAUGCAGCGCCAGCCGGCCUCAGCGCACGUCCCGGAGAGCGCGGCGGGGACGGUGGUGGAGCCACCACGGGCGAGCGACCUGAGGAGCCGGAGCCUGUGCCUGGUGCCCGUCUCCUGCACGGAGCACCUCGCCGGCAACAGCCACGGCGGCAACGGCGCCGACCUCUGGUCCGUGGCGGCAGGGAUGGGGAUGGCGAAGGCGGCCGCGGACAACAAGGGGCCUGCCGGCGGAAUGCUGCAGCCUGGUGGCGGCGGUGGUGGUCACCCUCGCCAAGGGCGCCUGGCCUAG